AAACAUUUAACAACAUUUUCGAGGGAUCAAAAAUAGAGAGGCGAAAAAGGAGGAAGGAUCUGGUUUUACCGGAGCACUCCAGGUAAUUACGCGGCACACACAAGUCAGCAGGUCAGUCCGUGGGCCAACAGGUAGCUAAGCGCCCCAGAUAUAAAUAAUCCUGUUAAGGAGCAACAGAACAUCAUUCACGGCUCAAGCUGCCAAGCAGUCACAGCUCGCCCUGUCACUUAUAUUUUCAACGAGAAGUAUCCAAACCAUAAGAUAUAAUAUCCGAGAAAUGGAAAGCCAACGUAAUGCCAACGCCAACCACCGACGCGGAGCUCGUCCGAGCGUGGGCUAUCUGCUGUUCCAGUACCAGAGCGAACUGACCCGCCGUCAUGCGGAACCCACGCGGCUGUCCCGCACCAAGAUCCACAUAAUCGAUGGCCUGGUGUCCCGCACCAUCCGCCACAUGAAGCAGUGCAGCCUGGAUGAUCUGAAGGCCUGCAAGAGGGAGCUCGUCUACAAGGAGCAUCUACGUGAUCAGCUCAGGAACAUGCGACGCCAACGGUCCUCCUCCGCCAGCAACGGCAAAAAUGCUGACAGUUCCUCGGGGAACACUGCCACCAAUGUGAGUGUCAAGGCGCCGAGUACUCCACCGAAACCCCGCUCCUCCAACGGCCAAUCCUCCAGGAUGGACAUCUACGGGCCAGAGAUCUUUGUCUAAGUCAAACCUUUUCUAUUGCAAUUUUAAAUUCCUUAGUUAACCACUUCAUUUUUUCCUUAACUGUUGACGAUUAUAAAUCAUACAACAUGAUAUUGUAUAUAAGCAAAAAAAAACAUGUAAAAAAAUAAUACGA